AUGGCCCCUUCUACUCCUACACCCAGCCCUUUCGCCGCCAUGAGGAACUUUGGUGGUAUGGUGUCAUCUGCUCUUUCUUUCGGCGACAGGUCUCGCCAAGUCUCCUCCCUCGGCCUCGGCACUCUCUCUCUGGGGGAGCCGUCUGGCGCUGCCUCGCCCCCUCGCUCCGCCUCUCCCUCCGCUGGUUCUCCCUCCCCCGUGUCUGGUUCUCCCGUCCCCGUAACGGGUUCUCCUGGAGGGCCUCCUCCUGCCGCCACUCCUCGCCGUAGGACGCCCGCCUUUCGUCCUGGUGAGUCUCCGUCCUCCUCCGACCAGGACUCGCUCAGUGGGGGCUCGGAGUCGGGUGAUCGACCCGACACCGAAGAAAGUGAGGAUGAUGAUGAUGGGGAGGGUAGGAUCGAUAGUGAGGGUGAAAGCGAGUUAGAAGAAUACCCGGAUGAUGAUGUGGAGGUGAUUAGUGUAGAGGACAACAACGUAGAUAGUCCUGAGCAAACGACGCCGUUCCCUCUCCUCUUCUUCUUCUUCCUCUUCUUCUUCUUCCUCUUCUUCUUCCUCUUCCGGGGUUCUGCCCCCCCCCCCAACGCCAUCGCCGCUGCCGCCGCCGCUGCCCGCCCUGCCGCCCCCGCCGCCGCCGCCGCCGGUCCUGCUGCCGCCGCCGGUCCUGCUGCCGCCGCCCCCGUCGCUGCUCCCCCCCCUUCUCCCAGAGGGGAGCCUUCGCCCAAACGGGUGAAGAGAUCACUGCGGGAAGAAGAGUACUUGUGGGAGAAGAUGAAGUCCGAGCCUGGUCGUUGGAUCGCGGUUGGUGUUGACGAAGCGUGUGAUCGUUGCCGACGUGAGAUUAUCACGUAUAAUCGUCCAAACUGGCCCUGCCUCAAGGCAGUCAGGCCACACAACAAGGCCCUCCGUUGUGCUUCAUGCACGUCUGGCCCCUGCUCCUUCUGUCCCGUUUCCUCUGCCCGGGACAUCCCGCCCCGUCCCUUCGACGCUUCUCCUCUCCCCCCUCCCCAGACUCCAGCGUCUGUCCCCCGUUCGCGGGUACCGUCUUCGUCUCUCCGGUCGGUUCGCCGAACUUCGCCGUCCUCCCGCUCGUCGCCUCCCUCGCCCUCGCCCUUUGUUCCUGUGGCCGGCCCGUCGCGUCUCCCGGCUGCUCCUCCUUCGUCCUCCCGUCGUCCUUCGACCUCUCGGCCCUCGGCCUCUCGUCCGUCCUCUCCUAUGGUGGCUUCUCCUCCGGCCCACAGCACCCGAAGUCGCCGUCCUUCUGCUCCUCCGGCCACCCCAGCGGCCGCCCCUGUCACCGAGUCCCCCGCUGCCAAGAAGACCCCGAAGUCUUCUUUAAAGAAAUCAAAAGGGAAAAGGAAGGAGAAAGAGGUCGUCUUUGAAGCUGGUGAUGUGGAAGAUGAAGCUACUCAGCGUGCUGGGCCCUCUGUUCCUCGGUUGUCCUUCGUUCACCCUCGUAUCUCCCUGGACCCUCGUAUCCCGGAGGACGAGAAAGAAUUUGCUACGUAUCGUUCUCUCGUUCUCGGCCUCACCACUCAGCUUGACGUCGCUCGGCGUGAUACAUCUCUCUUGCUUGACUUCUCCACUCGUCAAGCCAACGCCUUGAAUAACCUUACUGCGGCGUUAGUAGAUGUAGUCAACGGUGGAAAUCUGAACGAAGAAGCAAGGACGAGGUUAGCGGACGUCUCUCGCCGAAGCCUUACUGAGAUAGCCGAUGUUCGCCGAAGACUUUACGACACCCCCUUCCUCGUUACUCCUAUGGCGUACGAGCCACCACCGUCCAUCGGCUGGUUAGGCCCCCGGAGUAGUUCUCGAGUUCCUGCCUCUGCUCAGACUGCUCUCGAUCUCCUCAGCCUUCCUUCCGAGUGUCUUAGGACCAUACGUUCUCUGUGGAGGACUCCGAGCAUGCAAGCUGCUCGGGAUGUCCAGGACUUUGGUGAUUUCUUUGGGGCUAUGAAUCGGGCAUGGAACGCUUCUCUCUCGACUGUCUUCCCCCCUGACAGUCUCGAUCUACCUUCGGCCAUCGGUACUCUCCACACCAAUCUCGCGGGGCCGAGUAGCGCGAAGGAGAAAGGAAAAGGAAAGGGUAAGGGUAAGGGCAAGUGA